GUACUGCAGCAUUUAUGUUCCUGGUCACCCAUUAAAGCACUAUCCAGGCUCAAUUCUACUUAGCUUACGAGGUGAUGAGGAUGCUGAUGAUGAUGAUGAAUAAUGACGAUCGUUGCAGCACACGAUGGGCGAGGAGGGCGAGGUCAUCAGGCUGCACCUGUCAUCUGACCCGGGGAGCACUUACUACGCCCUUGUGACCUGGAAGAAGAACAGCCAUCAGGGAUUGAACCUGAGCCUCACCGACUGCCGGACGGCCUGGACAGGGGAAGUGACCAGCUCCAAACUGGAGGAGGAGGCGUCGGAAGCCGGGCUGUCGCUCGUUGACUACGUCGCUGAGCUCCGGGCCGCCCUCCUGGGCCACUGCUGGGACUCGUCCUCCAACGGAGACCUCUUCCGCUACGACCUGAAGCCCCCCGCCAGCCCCGGGCGCGCUCGCCGCAGGUGUUUCUCCAUCUGCAAAGUGCACAGCGACGUCACGUUCGAGCUGGGCACGGUGGAGCUGCGCGAGCUGGACGAGCCGGUGACGUUGGUGCGGCGGCUGCUGGACCGCGGGCUGGAGGGCGAGCGCCGCCUGCGACAGCGCAACGACGACCUGCAGCGUGACAACGAGCGGCUCGCCGAGGAGCGCGGGCGCGCCAUCCAAGAGCUGAGGGCGUCCGUGGACAACAAGGAUGAGCUGGAGAGGGACCUGUACGGAAAGUUCAUCCACGUCCUCAACGAGAAGAAAGAGAAGAUUCGGCGGCUCAAGGAUACCCUGGAUAAGCACGCCGCGGCCCAAGUGCCCCCUCCCUGCGCCAGCGCCGGCGGCGUUGUUGGUGGCAGCUCUGCGGCCCGGGCGGCGGAGGGCACGGACGAGUCUGACUACGGGGGCACCACCGACGAGGAGAGCCAGGCCCCGGCGACCGGAACCGGCAACCGGAAGGCGGCGAAAGCCCCGAGCACCGUGUCCGUAACCCAGCAGGAGGGCGAGCGAAGAGGUGCCGUCACGGCUUUUGACCCGUAUGACGACGACGACGACGACGGCGCCAGAGUCGGCGGAAUGGACGCAGGCGCGGGCCCCACCAGGAGGCAGCGCAAACGACGGGGCCAUCAGCAGGUGACCGUGACGGAGACGCCAGCAGCGGCGGUGCUGCCGCCGCCCGCCAAAACCAAGCCGGCCAAUGAGUCCAGGCCGACCCGUAGGGGCGCGGCUCAACCGGAGCCCACCACCGCAUCCCGCCAGAGCCUCCGGAAGGCCGCACGCGGCGGCGGCGGCAGCGGCAACAGCGACGACACCUUGGAGCUGCUGUACGACUUCUAGGCGCGCCCGAGCGACGCCCCCUCCAGCUCCCCCCGCGUGUGCGCCGCGUCUCUCCGCAGCCCCCCAAGAGGAGUGUUGGGCGGCGGCGCGGGUGUUCAGCCGCUCGGGUGACGGCGGCCCUCGGGAGCGCGCGCCAGCGCCCGUCCAUCGCCAUCGUCGCCGCCAGCGGAGGGAACCACCACGCCGGAGACUGUCCUUCACCGAGGAGAUGGAACCACCACGAGAUCGGUUCCCGCGGUGCAGCGGCUGGAUAUGGAGCGUUGCAUCGAGGCCUGGCCGUGAAGGGUUGGCGACGGCUUGCGGAGGACUUAUGGGGAGAUCAUGGCUGCUGAUGAUGACUGUCAUCGUCGUAUCCUAAUUGUGUAAUCAGAAUGACGUGAUGAGAUCAAUAAAUGUCCUGGAAUUGUC